AUGAAGAAAUUAGAUGUUAUUGGAAUUCCAAUCAACUUCAUGGACAGAUAUCCAAAACGACUUCUAUCAGAUUCUGCUAGUCAGUACAGUGUUGCGCCUUCUCCUUCCAAUGAAUUUUUCAAAAUCAGAAAGAGCAGGACAAAUUCAGGAAUCCUUGGGAUGAAUAAAUUUAGGGAAUGGAUGGAUAAUUUUGCACAAGGAAUCCGAGAGCAUGUGAAAUUAGGACCCAAAUUAUCAGAAACUGUGAAAGGGAAGUUGAGACUGGGAGCAAGAAUUCUUCAAGUAGGCGGCCUGGAAAAAGUUUUCAAGCAGAACUUCAGUGUUAGCCAUGGUGAAAAGCUUUUAAAGGCUUCUCAAUGCUAUUUAUCGACCACAGCUGGGCCGAUAGCAGGCCUUCUGUUUAUUUCAACUGAUAAAGUUGCCUUCUGCAGUGAGAGAUCAAUGAAACUCUCUUCUCCAACUGGAAAACAGCUUAAAAUACAUUACAAGGUCAUGAUCCCACUAGGUAAAAUAAAGGGAGCCUGCGAAAGCAAAAAUGCAAAAAAACCAAGGCAAAAGUAUGUGCAGAUAGUUACUGAGGAUAAGUUCGAGUUCUGGUUCAUGGGAUUUCUAAAUCAUCGAAAGGCUUUCAAGUAUUUGCAGCAGGCAACCUCUCAAACUCCAUCAGUAGCAGAUAUUGAUGCGUGGAUGAUCUCUUCAUAG